AUGAACCCAAAGCGUUGGUCCUACAGCUCUCAGCAGCAGAUUCGCCUCAGGAGACAGGUAAAGUGUGUUUGUGUCUUUGUGAGGCUCCAGAUCCAUGAGGUCGACCUGGAGGUUACCAGGAAGGAAGUGGUGUCCACUCUUUCCCUGAUCAUGGUUCGAGUCACAGGAUGCAUCAGCACCGUGUCAGGGUUCGGCUCCACAGACACAUUUUGGUUCGAUACCAUCACUGAGGCACCGACAGUAUCAUGCUCAGCGGGCCGGAGCGCUUCUUCUGACCGUCGGGACCGUCUCCGCUCCGGGCUCGGCCUCCGGGGGCUGUCCGUGUCGUCCCCCCGCCUGUCGGGCUGCAUUCCCCGCUGCUGCUGCGCUGAAGCUCCGGGAGGCUCCGGGCGCGUCCACCCUGACUGCAAUGGGAUGCUGCGGGAGCGCGGAGGUAAGCACGGCCCGGCCCGGCCCGGCCCGGCCCGGCCCGGCCCGGCCCGGUACUCCUGCCCGGUGCCCUUCCGCAGAUCCCCGGGGCGUCGGACAAAGAGAGAGUGGAGACCGCUGGAGGACCGGAGCUGCACCGACCUGCCCUGGUUCCUCCUGUUCACCGUCUUCUGUGUCGGAAUGGGGAGCAUCUGUGGCUUCACCAUCGUGACGGGCGGCGCCGCCCGCCUGGUGCUGGGAUACGACAGCUACGGGAACACGUGCGGUCGACGCAACGAGCCGAUCGAAGACGUGCGGCUCAGCGGCCUCGACCACACCGACAGGAAGUUCGUCUUCUUCCUGGAUCCCUGCAACGUGGACAUUGUUCAGAGGAAAAUCAAGUCCAUGGCCGUGUGUGUGUCUCUGUGUCCGAGCGAUGAGCUGAAGACGUACCAGGACCUGAAGAUGUUUGCCAUGCUCAACGGUUCUGAGCUGUGUUCCUACGAGUUAGCGGCUCAUAAAUAUCCUGGUCUACCUGAGAGGUUCUCUAAAUGUCCCAAACUUCCUGUUCCACCCAGUAAGCCGCUGCCGGUGUUUAACCGCUGCACUCCGAUGGAUAUUUCCUGUUAUACGAAGUUUGCAGAGGCCGUGGUGACGUUUGUGGGAGACAGCAGUUUUCUGCACCGACUGAUCGCUGGCGUCGCUGCGAGUAAAGAGAUCAUCGUGGGACUGUGCGUGCUAGCGCUGGUCCUCUCCAUGAUCCUCAUGGUGAUCAUCAGAUACAUCUCUGCCGUCCUCGUCUGGAUCCUCACCUCUCUGGUGGUCCUCGGAUCGCUCGCCGGAACCAGCGUCCUCUGGUGGCUCUACAUCGACCACCGGCUGUACGGAAACGACACCUCCCCCAAAGUGCGGAAGGAGGCGAGAGAAGAGGGGGAGAUCAGUAGAGACAGCGGCCAGGCGCUGCUCGUCUACGCUGUCGCCGCCACCGUCUUCACCAUCAUCCUGCUGCUGCUGAUGCUCUUCAUGAGGAAACGAGUGGCGCUGACCAUCGCUCUGUUCCACGUGGCAGGAAAAGUCUUCAUCCACCUCCCCCUCCUCACCCUGCAGCCCUUCGUCACCUUCCUCGCUCUCCUGCUCUUCUGGAUCUACUGGAUCCUGGUCCUGCUUUUCCUGGGAACCAGUGGAAACCCGGUCCAGAAUGAGGAGACAGGUUUGACGGAGUUCAGACUGACAGGUCCUCUUCAGUACCUCAUCUGGUAUCAUGCCGUGGGUCUGGUCUGGAUCAGUGAGUUCAUCCUGGCCUGUCAGCAGAUGACUGUGGCUGGAGCUGUGGUCACGUACUACUUCACCAGGGACAAGAACCGUCUCACGAUGACCCCGAUCCUGUCGUCUGUCGCGAGGCUGGUCCGGUACCACUUAGGCACCGUGGCUAAAGGAUCCUUCAUCAUCACGCUGGUCAAGAUCCCUCGACUCAUCCUCAUGUACAUCCACAACCAGCUGAAAGGAAAGGAGAACGUCUGCGCUCGCUGUCUGCUGAAGACGUGCAUCUGUUGUCUGUGGUGUUUGGAGAAGUGCCUCAACUAUCUCAAUCAGAAUGCAUAUGCAGCCACAGCGAUCAACGGCACCAGUUUCUGCACGUCUGCACGCGACGCCUUCGUGAUCCUGGUGGAGAACGCUCUGCGUGUCGCCACAAUCAACGCCAUAGGAGACUUUGUGCUCUUCCUUGGGAAGGUCCUGAUUGUGACAUCGACAGCAUUCGCUGGCGUCCUCCUCCUCAACUACCAGAGGGAUUAUGCCGAGUGGCUUCUGCCGCUCAUCAUCGUGUGUCUCUUCUCCUUCCUGGUGGCGCACUGCUUCCUGUCCAUCUUCGAGAUCGUGGUGGACGUCCUAUUCCUCUGCUUCGCCAUCGACACCAAGUACAACGAUGGAACUCCAGGAAAAGAGUUCUUCAUGGACAAAGCUCUGAUGGAGUUCGUGGAGAGCAGCCGGAGGUUGGAGCGGGUGGAGCGUGGGCGGAGCCGGGUGAAGGAGGCGGUGUCUGAGGGGGCAGAGAUGAAGCCCAUGGCUCCGGGGACGAGUUCAGCUUGACCAAAAUCAGAGGGAAUAAAAACGAGAGACAUUCCAGAAGUUUAUUUUUCCAGGUGUAACAUGUUUACUAUGGUUUCACUCCAGGGAAAACAAUAUUUUAAUAAGAAACUGUAAAAACGUAACGAUGACGCACUUUAUACCGAAGCGCUGCAGAUUUUAAACCUGCUGAUGCAUUUUUUCGUAGUGAUGUCUUUUUUUAUAAACUCACCCUGAACUCA